UACUCCAAAACCUGAAUACCAUUUUUGUUUCAGAGGAAGUGGGUUUAGAGAAGCGAACUUAUUGCGAUGCUUUGAUGGUCGGGCAACUUUUCAGUGUGUUUUCGAAGUAAUAAACCGUCUUAUGUCACGGAGGAAUAAAUAACAUCGCAGUGGAAAACAGCGCAGUCUGCUUCUUUCGCCGUGAACAACGACAACAACAAGAGAAGAGGGGAAACAUGUCGGUGGAGCCGAUUCACGUAAAGCUGGAAACAGCCGGAGAGCCUCCCAGCUCGUUCCCGGUGGUUCUGAAGAAAAUAAUGGAAAUGCCCCCACCGAAUAUUCUGGACGGGGUCGACGACACGGAUAAGGAGAAGUUGGAUCUGGAAGGCUGUGCCGACCUGGCCGGAGGGGGAAGCGACAUGGGGCCUUCGGCCGCGCUGACCCCUGCUAUCUGGGAUAAAACCAUUCCCUACGACGGCGAGAGCUUCCACCUGGAGUACAUGGACCUGGAGGAAUUCCUCAUGGAGAACGGCAUCCCGACGUCGCCCGACAGCGCCACUUUAAAGGGAGAACCAGAAGUGAGCGUGGCUGCAACUGAGAAAGUAAAGAGCAAGCCCGUGACCCUGCUGCCCAUUACGGAGCUGGACAGGUGCGAGGAGGAAGUGGUGAUCAUCACAAAGAGUGAUUUGGACAUUACCUGCGACGUCAGCACAGAGGUGACCACCUCGCAGGACAGGGCGACUCCGGAGCCCAUCGACCCAGAAGAAAUUGAAGUGAACGUCAACUACGAGCCGGACCCCACAGACCUGGUCCUGUCGAGCGUUCCCGGAGGUGAACUGUUCGACCCGCGCAAACACAGGUUCAGUGAGGAGGAACUCAAGCCGCAGCCCAUGAUCAAAAAGGCCAAGAAGGUGUUUGUCCCUGAAGAACAGAAGGACGAGAAGUACUGGCAGAGGAGGAAGAAGAACAACGUGGCCGCCAAACGUUCGCGAGACGCCCGCAGACUGAAGGAGAACCAGAUCACGGUCCGAGCGGCGUUUCUGGAGCGCGAGAACGCGGCGCUGCGGCAGGAGGUGGCCGAGCUGCGGAAGGACUGCAGCCGAUACAAGAACGUCGUGGGUCGCUACGAAUCCAAAUACGGAGCAAUUGCACCACCAGAUGACGAGUAGACAUCAGUUGAUUUAUUCAAUUAUUUUCUCUGAUGGAUAAAUAAAUCAAACCGUUGGCGGGGGUACGCAAGAACCGCCCUGAUGACGUCAAGGCGGAGUGGAAGAGCUUGUGAAGGCAGGAUGUGACAUUACCAUGGAGAUGUAAAAUAUCAAGAUAUCAUCUGUUGUUGUUUUUGUUUUUUUUUAAAUUCUUUGUAUUACUACCUUUCUGAAUGAGGUGAAUGCAAGUGCUUCUUCAGCACGCCUUGUUCGUUUGGUGCACUUUCUGUUUUGUACACCUAAAAGGCUUUCAGGCUCUUUGUAGCCUGAAAGAGAUCACAUCCAUGAGUUGUUUUAGGAGAAAUCCCAAGUUUUUAAGUCCUGUCCGGUGAUGUUUAGGCAGUCCAUGCCGUGGUUUUAGAUUAGUUCAGGUAAUUUGGUUUGCAGUUUUAUUUUUUAUAUUUCUCUCAUACCAAAUUGCGUUGAAGAGCUGGGCCUGUCUUUGCCCACUAGAACGUCUGACUGUGACUCUUCCAGUGACUUAAGCUUCUUCAGGGGAUUUCAGUGACAGGGCAAGAAGAAAAGCUAGCUGUGCUCACUUCUUUUUAUGUUUUCAUUACCACUCCAGAGGCGAGCUGCUUUCUAACACCCUGCUUUGAUGUCUGUCCGUCUGUCUGUCUAGCACUUUCUCACCAGACUGGACUCCUGCUUUCAUCCCUACUGGAUGUCUGCUGCUUCAACUCAUCCAUUUUAGUCAGCUUCAGAUGUUGUGUUGACUCUGUAAGCGUAGCUGGCAGGUUUAACCCUCCCGCAGUCUCCGCUCGACUUAGCUUAGGAAGAGUGCAGCAGAUGUCACGGUCGGACAGGGGGGAAUGAAGGGGGGUGUUUUGUCGGUUCCCAAAACCACAAAGAAAACAAACAAAAGAAAAUCGGAUAAAAGUGGAUGUGGGGACAGUAGAAAGCUCACGUGAGGUCCAUUCAAAGCCUCUUAGGACUGAGGGAGGGCUGAGAAAAAAUAUAUGUAUCAUAUUGCAGAUAUUUUAAUGUUCAUAUUUACAGUUGUUUCAUGCAAGUUAGAGCAAAUAACCUCUAACACAUGGCAACAUAAGUUCCAUCUAUCAAGCUAGCUAUUUCCAAACGUAUUUUUACUGCAGCCCGUAAGCGAAAAGCAUCUGUUCUGCAUCACUGGUGUUUUCUGAUACAUACUGUGAUGGGGCCUCUUUUCCACAGAUAAGGAAUCUCUAAAUCUAAAGCGUCUCCUUCGUCUAAAUUUCAAUGCAGCUUGCAGUCUCCCAGUUUGCAGUCCCAGUUCUGACCUACCCUCAGGUUUUCUAACUUUCCAGCUCUGACAAUAAAAGGGAAAGGAGCUUUUCUUAUUUAGCUCUUGUGCUUCCAUUCUUUACUGUUUUGAUCAGAUAAGUUCAAUACUAUGUCCUUUUAAUUUGAAGAGGGGUUUGAAAUGUGAGGAAACCUAAAUCACUUUAAAAAAAAAUGUUACAGCAUUUGUACAUUUAUGACGUACAAGUCAUUACUGGAGGAAUAUUCUAGAUUUAUUCAACUAAAAGCUUCAUUAUUUUCAGUCACACAAUGAAUUAUAUUUUCCAAAUCAGGUUUUUUGUGGGUAAAAAAAAAUAAGUGUUUGGCUUUUUUUAAAUUGCCUUGGCCGAGUCUGCCUUUUCUUUAAAACAGGUCAAAUUCUUAACUUACUGGUUACUUUUUUUCCCCCUUUUUUCUUUUCUUUUUUUUUUUUUAAACAUAUGACAUUUUGAGUGACGCUGUCUUGUAUAUAUUGUAUGAAAAAUUAAAGCCUUGUUGACACA